UCUGCUCUGUUGUCUGAUCUGUGAUUUGUGUGAACUCUGCGUACAAAUAAAAUUUAUAAUGUGUGAUUUAACUUUUUAAGCACUCGUAUGAUCAAUAGAGUACUAGUGGAGAUAGAUUCAUAAAUUUGUAUUCCAUUAUUCAUCUUAGGCCUCAACAUGAAUGAUGAGGAAGCGUCUUUACUUACAGAAGAUAAAGAUCAUGAACAAGUACGAGAAGAAUUAAAACAUAUGAGUUUUGAGGAUUUACAGAAAUUAAAGGAGAAAUUAGGUACCAAAGUAUAUAAUGAGACGAUAUUUGGAAAGAAAAGUAAGAAAAAAACUGAGAAAAUAGAGUUUAAACGGGAAAAUAAGAAUAGGCCACGAGAGAUUUCUGCUAAAAAGCCAGUUCUCAGAUAUAAAGAGUUAACUCGAGUCAAAAAAGUUGUAUCUCGGGAUCCUAGAUUUGAUAGUUUAUGUGGUACGUUUGAUGAGAAGGCCUUCAGACAUUCUUAUGCAUUUAUUAACAAGUUACGGGAAAACGACCUCAAAACUUUACAAAAAGAAUUGAAAGAAACGACAGAUCUAAAAGCUAUAAAGAAAAUAAAAUAUCUCAUUCAGAGGCUUGAAAAUCAGUUAAGGGAAGAAAAGAAAAGGAAAGAGAAAGCAGAAAAGAAGCGGCAAGAAAAGGAAGAGCUACUAGAAUCUGUUAAACGAGGAGAAAAGCCUGUCUUCAAGAAAAAAUCUGAGAAGAAAGUCUUGGAUUUGGUCUCACAGUAUGAAGAAUUGAAAAAUACAGGUAAACUGAAGAAGCAUAUUCAGAGACUGCGAAAAAAGAAUAAACAUAAAGACAGGACAAAAUUGAAAGCAGACAGAACGGAGUGAAACACAUAUAUAUAUACGUGCAUAUACGUACAUUUACACAAAAAAAAGUUUCCAUAAUUUUUUCUAAUAUCUAUGGAACUAUUUGUCUUUAUUAAGCUACAACUCUAGAUAUAGAUAUAAAUAUUUUAUUUUUGUUGUUUGAAUUUUAUUGUCUAGGAAAAAAAACUUUACAUUUUUUUAAGUUAAAACAUUCAAUAUAUAGAUAUCUAUAUAUUAUUUUUAAUAUAUUAAAAUAAGUAUAGCUUCACAAUAACUUCAAAACGUUAAAACUUUUACACUUUAA